GGUGGCCUGCAGUUUGAUGUGGGUAGAGGGGCUUUGGGGUCAGAGCCCAGACCUGCAGACUCAGCCCCCAUCACUUUGGGCCACCUGAUAGGCUGGACCAACCAUCCAGAAAUCCCCGCCAAGGCCAGCCAGAGCCAGGCCAAGGUCAGGCCUCCCUUCCCUUCCCAGAACCACAGCUGCUGCUGGGCUCCGGGUCUCCUGGGAGGUCCACCAAGAGGGAAACACUGAUGUCAUGCGCUGGGAGUGAGGUCACCCUGCCUGCCCUGUUCUGCAGCUGCCAAAACCCCUACUCAGCACCCACCCAGCAGGUUCUGUUCCCCCAUCCCCAUUCCACAAGCUCUCUGCUGGAACCAGAAGCCCAUACAGCACAGAGUGGCCACCAGAGGGUGCCCUGUGGCAAGGCUGGGGGGUGGAGAGGUGGAGGCUGGGCUGGUCUCUGUUCCUGGAAUGGGCCAGGAGGGAGGAGGAGCAAGCGGAAGGGGACCGUGUGGCGCUGGCCCAGGAGUCACAGAAGACCGCCUCGGUGCCUAGUUGGGCGCCUUAGGACUCUGGCUGCAGGUGGCUGUGGCUUCCUGGGGGAACAUGUGGUCCGAAUGCUGCUGCAGCGGGAACCCCGGCUCCGUGAGCUGCGCAUCUUUGACCUACACCUGGGUCCUUGGCUGGAGGAGCUGAAGACAGGGCCCGUGCAGGUGACUGCCAUCCAGGGGGAUGUGACCCAGGCCCACGAGGUGGCAGCGGCUGUGGCCGGAGCCCACGUGGUCAUCCACACAGCUGGGCUGGUGGACGUGUUUGGGAAAACCAGUCCUGAGACCAUCCACGAGGUCAACGUCCAGGGCACACAGAAUGUAAUCGAGGCUUGUGUGCAGACUGGAACACGCUUCCUGAUCUACACAAGCAGCAUGGAAGUUGUGGGGCCCAACAUCAAAGGCCAGCCCUUCUACAGGGGCAAUGAGAACACCCCCUACGAAGCCGUACACCGACAUCCCUAUCCUUGCAGCAAGGCCCUAGCUGAGCGGCUCGUCCUGGAAGCCAAUGGAAGGGAGGUCCUGGGGGGGUUGCCCCUAGUGACAUGUGCCCUGCGUCCCACCGGCAUCUACGGCGAAGGCCACCAGAUCAUGAGGGACUUCUACCACCAGGGCCUGCGCCUGGGGGGCCGGCUCUUCCGGGCCAUUCCAGCCUCUGUGGAGCAUGGCCGAGUCUACGUGGGUAACGUGGCCUGGAUGCACGUGCUGGUGGCCCGGGAGCUUGAACACCGAGCUGCCCUCAUGGGCGGCCAGGUGUACUUCUGCUAUGACAACUCGCCCUACAAGAGCUAUGAGGACUUCAACAUGGAGUUCCUGGGUCCCUGCGGACUGCGGCUGGUGGGCACCCGCCCACUGAUGCCCUACUGGCUGCUGGUGCUCCUGGCCGCCCUCAACACCCUGCUGCAGUGGCUGCUGCGACCGCUGAUGCUCUAUGCACCCCUGCUCAACCCCUACACACUGGCCGUGGCUAACACCACCUUCACCGUCAGCACCGACAAGGCUCGGCGCCAUUUUGGCUAUGAGCCCCUCUUCUCCUGGGAGGAGAGCCGGACCCGCACCAUCCGCUGGGUGCAGACCGUGGAGGGCUCAGCCUAGUGACGGAGCAGCUGGGCCCGGAGCCUGGCGUGGCACGGCAUCAUCAGGUCCCAGAGCCCUUAGACCCUGGUGGGGAGGGCAGGCUGAGCCAGAGGAGGGGGCUGAUGCUAGACUGGCGGUCCCAGAGCCCUCCACCUUGGAACCCAGGAGCCUUGAGCCUGUGUCUUAAUGUCCCUAAGUUCUAGGGCAGGGUUUGGGGGCAGGCAUGUCUGUGUCUUCACCCUCAACUCAGGCCUCAUGGCUGCCUAGUGAGGAUCUGACCGCCCUGAUGUUCUCAACGACGCCAUCCCAUUUCUGGCUUUCCGAGCAGAAAGUGGGCGGAAAUCCUGCAGGCCUUCAUUGUUGGCCCUUGGAUGUCCUUCGUGAUCCUCAGGCCUGGUUUCAGAGUGAAGACGCUCUCUUAACUCUUCCCACCACCUUGGUCCCUGCUUGGGGGUCACAGUCCCAUGAUUUUAAACAUUUAUUACCUUUAGACAUCUAUCUUUUAAUACUUGUCAAUAAAGGCUGAGGAAGUCUG